AUGACAAAACAGACAAUUUUCGUUUUCUAUUUCAUCGCGACAAUAUUUGCUACGGACUGUUACAAAAUACUCGGCGUCUUCCCGUCGCUGGAUCGCAACAACUACCUCACUUAUCGCGGGCUGUUUCGGGAAUUGGCAAACCGUGACCAUGAAGUGACUCUCAUCAGCCAUUUCCAAAUGCCGGACGCGCCGGCUACGUACAAAGAAGUGUUAUUAAGUGAUGCUCUACAUCAUGUUUUUAAAGGAUUAUCUUAUGAAUCUGUGAUAGUGAAUGAAGUGUCGCGAGUGCCGUUCGAAACAUUAGUAGCGACUAAAUCAGGCAACGAUGACUGCAAGACUCUAAUGAACAACCACCAAGUGCUGCACAUGAUAAAGACGCGGCCUCGAUUCGAUGUAAUACUAGUAGAGUCGUACAACAGUGACUGCGCCUUAGCUCUGGCCGCAAACUUAAGUGCACCUUACAUUGCCUUCAACCCACAACCACUACAAGCCUGGCAAUACAAUAGAUUGGGUAUUAAUUACAAUUCUGCGUAUGUAACUCAAUCUGGCCUGCCCUACGGAAAGGAACCUUGGUAUUUUGAGCGGCUCAAGAGCUACGUACUGUAUCACAUUACGAACUGGGUAUAUUACGUUGGAUCGCAAGUGACAGACCAUGUGUACUUGUACAAGUAUCUAGGUGACGACCUGCCCUCACUAGAAAGUAUUGCGUCCAACGCGAGUCUAGUGUUUGUAAACACACAUCAGUCGGUGUAUGGCGGUGUUGCCAGGCCUGAUAAUGUAAUUGAUAUUGGUGGUAUUCAUAUGAGACCACCGAAAAUUAUUCCAACGGAAAUAGAGAGAUUUAUAAACGAGGCCGAGCACGGUGUAAUAUACGUGAACCUCGGUUCUACGGUAAAGGACUCCACACUUCCCGGUGAUAAAUUAAACGAACUGUUAUCAACGUUCGGUAAAUUGCCUCUAAGGGUCCUUUGGAAAUGGGACGGAGACAAUCUACAACUGCCGAGAAACGUUAUGACUAUGAGAUGGUUCCCACAAUACGAUAUUUUGAAACAUGACAACAUCAAAGCGUUUGUGUCUCACGCCGGAAUCCUGAGCACCAUAGAAGCCAUUGACGCAGGAAUACCAGUGGUAGCGAUACCACUAUUCGGUGACCAGUACGGCAAUGCGGCAGCUCUACAAGACGCUGGGAUGGCCACCAUCGUGCACUACCAAGAUCUCAAGAAAGAAUACCUCUUAGAUGCUAUUAAUGAAGUUUUGGACCCUGUAUGGCAGCGCCGUGCAAAACUUGUAUCAAGAUUGUGGCAUGAUCGUCCCAUGUCGCCUAUGGAAUCAGCAGUAUACUGGACGGAGUAUGUAGCCAGGUACCAAGGAGCCCCGAAUCUUCAACCUGGAGCCCCUAAAGCACCCUUCUACCAGCAACUUCAACUAGAUGUCCUGGCCUUCAUAGGCUUAGUCCUGUACAUCCUAAGUUACGUAGUCUGCAAGAUUUUGUCUGUAGUCUGCUGUUGUUGUUGCCAAAAUCAACCGCAAACGGAGUUCGUUGAAGAAACAAGGUCCUCAAAAAGAGUGAAGUUCGAAUAA